AUGGCUGCAGCGUUCACUUCCGCUUGUGAAGGCUCCGAUGUCGGCCUUGUGGAGUUUUACAUAGAGCAGGGGGCUGAUGUGAAUCUGGCUUCCCACGAGCCUCCGUCGGUCCCGCUUGUGGCAGCUCUGAAAUCUGCUUACAAGGGUUGGGACAUUGUGGAGAUCCUCAUCGAUCAUGGGGCGAAAUUUGACGAUCCUGAUAUCUUGUUGUGGGCUAUCUUCAGAGGAAACGAAGAAUGGAUUCGUCGCUUUAUCGAUUUUGGUGCACCUCUUUCAAGGCGGGCCUGCGAAGCGACCAUGGCAGAGCCACUCGACCCGGAGAUAUUUCGCCUGUUAUAUUCGACUCCCGACGGAGCCAAGAAUCUCGCAGACCCUAACAUGCAGCACCUCAUGAUGUGGCAGGCAACCAAAAGAGGUCGUCUCAACUUCCUCAAGAUGUUCCGGGAAGAGUUUGGCUGGGACUAUUCGUCACCGGAAAACUAUCAAAUGCUGGUCAACUAUGCGAAGGCCAAACCUGAUGUGUUGGCGUAUCUGGAACAAGAUCGACCUGUGGCCGUAUAG